CGGCACUUGGGCUGCAGCUCGCAACCAGAGGCAGUCUCUCUCUGCUCUCUGGAGGGACGGGGAGCGGCAGCCGCGGAGUAGGAUGCUCUGCGGGGCGCCCUGAGCCGGGGGCGCGUGAAGCAGCUUCGGGGGCCGGGGCCACAGGGCAGCUUUCACCAUGCAUCAGUCCCUGACUCAGCAGCGGUCCAGCGACAUGUCCCUGCCCGAUUCCAUGGGAGCCUUCAAUCGAAGGAAACGAAACUCCAUCUAUGUCACCGUGACUCUGCUUAUUGUGUCGGUGUUGAUUCUCACGGUGGGCCUUGCCGCAACCACCAGGACCCAGAAUGUGACCGUCGGAGGUUAUUACCCGGGAGUUAUUCUCGGCUUUGGAUCGUUCCUUGGAAUCAUCGGAUCAAACCUUGUCGAGAACAAACGGCAGAUGCUGGUGGCCUCCAUCGUCUUUAUCAGCUUUGGGGUGAUUGCGGCCUUCUGUUGUGCCAUCGUCGACGGGGUCUUUGCUGCGAGACACAUUGAUCUGAAACCACUCUAUGCUAACCGGUGCCACUAUGUCCCCAAGACAUCCCAGAAGGAGGCUGAGGAGGUCAUAAGUUCCUCAACCAAAAAUUCUCCUUCCGCGAGGGUUCUGAGGAACCUUACCCAGGCAGCUAGAGAGGUGAACUGCCCUCACCUCAGCCGUGGAUUCUGCACGCCUCGCAUCCGGGGCAACACCUGCUUCUGCUGUGAUCUCUACAACUGUGGCAACCGGGUGGAGAUCACCGGUGGGUACUACGAAUACAUCGACGUCAGCAGCUGCCAGGACAUCAUCCACCUCUACCACCUGCUCUGGUCCGCCACCAUCCUCAACAUCGUCGGCCUGUUCCUGGGCAUCAUCACUGCUGCUGUUCUUGGAGGCUUUAAGGACAUGAACCCAACUCUGCCAGCACUGAACUGUUCUGUUGAAAAUGCCCAUCCAACUGUUUCUUACUAUGCUCGUCCUCAAGUAGCAUCAUAUAAUACCUACUACCAUAGCCCUCCUCACCUGCCACCAUACUCUGCGUAUGACUUUCAGCAUUCGGGUGUCUUUCCGUCCUCCCCUCCCUCCGGACUUUCUGAUGAGCCCCAGUCCGCCUCGCCUUCGCCCAGCUACAUGUGGUCCUCGAGCGCACCACCCCGCUACUCUCCACCCUAUUACCCGCCUUUUGAAAAACCACCACCUUACAGCCCCUAAAGAGGAAUGCCUGUUGGCUAUCGAGAUUAUUGUGGCUUUUGUAUUUCUGCUUUAGUGGAAGUGUGUAGGGUACAACGUUUAAGGUGUGAUUCUUACGCAUACGGUUUUACAGAGGCUUGCCAAGCCAGGGAAAGAUAGGGAUGAAGCUUCUGCGUCAUCAGUGCAGAGCAGGGGUGGCUAGGCUGAACCCAGUGCUUCCAAGAAGGGCAGCAACACACUCUUUAAGCAAGGCUGCGGAGCCGUCCCAGCAAGAGGCGUGUCCCGCGCGGACCUGCAUUUCCCACAGGCUUGGCGUCUGCGCUCUGCAGAAGCGCGGUCACCGCCCGUUUCACUCUGUGUAAAUGCAGGGGCCUCCUCGGACGCUUGUAGGUUGCCACCCUAGCACCUUGGUUGAAGCACCUGGCUUACGGGCCCUAUCUUUCCCUACCGCCAACGUCGGUCCCUAAGGAAAAUUUCCCAGAUGAUGGAGCUACGCAGUGGUUCCAACACAGAGCGUUCCGGCUAAGAUUUUGUUUGCUUUUGUCUGGAUGUUGAAAAACGCUGCCCGUAUCUUGUACUCCUUUUCUUCUCCGUGAGUAUUGUAAAAAUGGCUGUUGUGAUCAUUCAGCUCAAGCUUUUGUUAUCAGUACCUCCCAAAGGGAAAAGUGCAAUAUUCCCUCGACUAGUGGGAACAGGGUUGAUUGUUUAGGAAGCACUGAAAUACAAAGAGCGACAUGUAAAGUGCUGUGAGUAGAUCUCAGUUCUACAUCCGGUAACUUAGGAGACCGCGGUUCCACUGCAGGACGCGGUACUACAAAAGACAUUUGCUACGGGAGAUAGAAAUCUGACGGUUAAAAAUGCCAGAUUAGGUUCUUGGGUGGUGAUAGGAAUUGUUACUAAUCUUUGUGACUAUUUAAUCUCCAAAUACUGUGCUUCGAUCCCAGCAGACCGCACGUAUCCUGCACCCCACCCCGAAAGAAUCAUCCUUUUUUGUGUGGAGACCAAUCACGACAGUGUUCAAGAUUAUGAAAGCGUCACAAUGCCGCUUUAAGUCUGCAAAACCUCAAAAGUCGCCAACCUGACAAAUUCUUAAGUGUUACCGUAGAUUUAAAAAUCCAUCUGGCACAUUGUGGUAGGUGUUUGUACAGUUCUUUUAAUUACACAUAGCUUUAAACCAUCAACCUGACGAAUUUAACACUCUGGCACCCAUGCCUUCAACUUCAGAAUGAACACUUUCACUGCGAUCUUACGCGAACCUGAGGAUUGACUGAUUUAAAGGCAGGCUGCUAAUCCUACACUUGUAUAAUGUAAAAAUACAGGGGCUACAGGAGGGUACCUAAUUAGACAGUUCUGCAAACACAGAACACAUACUGGAAAAUUUUCCAGCCAAUUUCGCUACCUCCCGACUUGAUGGAUUCGAGGUAGCAGGCAAAUGCUGGUGCUCCCAUCUACCUUGUAGACACCCAGCCAUCGAGAAUUAGCAAGGCACGACAAGUGCACCCGUUGUUCGCAAAUCAAUGUUUGCAAAGCAUUCGGUUUAACUUCCAGCACCAUGAAUGAUGUCUCAUCCAGAGUUCAAAUCGGGAAAACGAAAAUGAUCCUUUUGUGUUACGUAGAAUUACUGUUAUUUUCUACACUUCUGAGCAUAUUAAAUUCUAUUGGAUUUCAAAAAGGGACUAGUAGCCAAUUGACUUACUAUACAAAUACCAACUUGUAAUACUCAAUGACAUUUUUUUGCCAUUUACACUUUACCUUUUGCUUUACUGAACGUGUAUGAGUAUUUGAUUUUUUAAAAGGCACCAGUACACAGUAUAUCCUACAUUUAUCACAUUUCUUAAAGUGUUAAGACUCUGACUCAUUUCUAUGUAUUUUUCUUACUUUACAAAAUAACUUGAAACAGAAUAGAUUUUGUAACACUUAAUUUGAGCAGCUUCUUUUUUUAUUACAUUGAAUUCUAUACAGUGCAUGUUACCUUAGAAAAAUUAAUAUUUGCUGCUUUACUCUUUUGCAAUACAUUUGCUGUAAUGAAGGAAUUUCUAUUUCCAAUAUGGACCUUGACUGCAUUUUGUAAUAUUUACUGCUUUAUUCCUAAUUCUGCUUUAAAGUAUUGAACUGGGCAUGAAACAUUAAAAUAUUAAUCCAGAACCUGUAUAAACUGGAUGUUGCUUAAAAUCUGUAUCACUGCCAUGUUGGGAACCCAGACUGCUUUUGUGAUGUUUCAGAUUAAUAAAACCGUCCUCCUCCUUAUUCA